AUGACAGAAAUUGUUGAAAAUUGUUGUGCCACAGGGGCCCUGUCUCGUGCAUCCACACAAGGACCCCUUGACUCAGAAGAAGAAGAUGACAUGUUAAAUAAAUUUUGGAACGCUGAUGCUGGUGGGAGUAGCGCUGCUGAGGCCAUUCCUGUUGACUUAUUCGGGGAUGAGUAUAUGGAUCCAGCAAAGGGCAAAAGUCACAAGAGGGGCCCUGCAACCAGCCAGACUGACAGUGGUUGUUCCAAAAAGUCACGAUCAAGUGGGUUUGAUGAUGUGUGCGCAGCUUUCGCAUCCUAUGUACAAGCCAAAACAGGACAUUCACGUGCACGAGAAAAUGAGACUGAGGCUGUAAGUGCAGGUGGUGAUGAUUAUUCCCUUGAUGUAUGUCAAGAUGCAUUGCUUGAGCUUUGGGACAUACCACCGUUGCAGUACGUUAGGGCACUAACAUUGUUCAAGGAUAAGGAAUGGCGAAGACAAAGGCAUAUGUCAUCCGACAGAGAAAACAAUACAAUGGAGCUCUCAUCAGAGGAGGAUGAAGUUGUUGAUGAUUUUGUGGAUUUUUUGAUGAUUGCUUUAAUGCAUGACCAUAUCAACACGUCAAGUAGCGCUCACGACAACGCUAUUCUGGUUGACUCUAUUACACGAGCUGAUCUACAGUUCCCACACCCAUCCAAUGGUAAGUACUAUUUAGUUGAUGCUGGUUUCACGAACAUGCCUGGAUUUCUUGCCCCAUUUCGGUCUCAACGGUAUCACUUGCAAGAGUUUCGUGGCCAUCAAAGAACAUUUGGUGUUUUGAAGAAGCGCUUCCCAAUAUUGCGGUCCAUGCCAAAUUACAAGUCUACACGACAAGGGCCUCUCGUGAUUGCAUGUUGUGUAGUGCACAAUUGGAUCCGUUUGCAUGCAGCUAUGGAUCCAUUCUUUAUGGAAGCUGAUAAUGAAAUGGCCGUAGAAGUAGAAGUAGACGGGCUUGUUGGAGACCAUGCUGACUACGUUGACAUGUCACAACAUGGGUUAACGUCCCAAUCGAACGUUAGGGAUGCAAUUGCUACUGCUAUGUGGCAAAAUCAUAAGACGACAAUCCCCGUCGAGAACAUAAAGAGGAAGAAGAAAAGAAGUGAUUGUAAUCAGAGGAGGAAGGAGGAAGAGCAACAAAGAAGUCACAAUAAUGACUUGCAGGUAAAUGCGACUUCUCCCGACUUUCAGACAGUUGUUAAAGAAGAAGAAGACAUGGAAAACAAGGCAAAACCUAUAUCCUCAUUUGAAUUAAAGAAUGUUAUCUUAGCUUUUAAGAAAGGGGGAUGCAAGAGAAAGAGAAAGAGGAAGAGGAAGAGUAAGAUGAGCAAAGAAAAGGAAGAGGAACCGAAAAUAAGUUCAACUUCUCCCCACUUUCAUAGAAUUGUUCAAGAAGAAGGCAGACAUUUUGAUGAGCUUAUUGUCUACUCAAUUAAUUCAAAUAUAGAUGUAAAAGCAUUCACUGAAUCCAAUGAGACUAACGGGCAUCUACAACUAGGCAGUUCAGCUGUGUUUUCAGCAGAGAUUAGUGCAGAGAGGAAUUACACUCGUAACGAGGGAACAAAAAGGGAGGGCGACUCAACUUCCUCUCACUUUCAGCUAGUUGUUAAAGAAGAAACGAAAGGGGUGGAUGGACCUGUUGUCUCCUCAAUUAAUUUAAAUACAAAUCCAGGAACAUUUACUGUACCCACCACGACUUGUGGAAAACUAGCCAGUGAGGCUGUGUUUAGAGUGGAGAUUGAUGAGAGUCAUCGCAAUGGCAGUGGCAGUGGCAGUGGCAGUGGCAAUGGCCAGAGGAGAAAGAACAGAAAGGAGGGCAAACAUCACGAGAAAACUUCAAAUGAGUGCAGUGAUGGAGAAAGGGGGAUGAUAUCUGGUUCCUCUAUUAAAGUGGAACUUACUUCUCCCAUUAUUGCCAUUAACAGUAACCAAAAUGAAGUCAGUGGGGCUGUGCAUUUGUUUGACCAUAAUGAGGAAGAUGUCAAGAAGAAGAGGGGAAUGGAUGAUGGCUGUUGCUCUAAGGACUUGAAUUCCGAGAUAGUGUCUCCAUAUCCCCCAAAGGGAGUGGAAAAAGUGAUAAAUGUGUUGGAGAAGACUAGGCAAUCCAGUUUUUUGAUUAAGGGCAAGGUUAAUACCCUUAAACCAGUUAAUAAUGGUGAAGACAUUGUAGUCAAUAGACCUCGGAUUGAGGAUGUGUUAUCACAAUUUAUAUACAAGGGUAGCUUUCAGCAAAAUGGUCAGGACAAUAACUGUGUUAAAUCACCGGUUCUCCAUCCUCAUAGUGAGAAGGUUACAAUUAAAGAAAAUGGGGAUGUAGAAGACAAUAAACAGAAGAGAACGGAAUCCUCAUUUGUUGCUAAGAAGAAGAUCGACCCAUUCAGUUCCACUAAUAUGAAGGGAGGGGAGGAAAAUUUGAAUGAGACAGUAAGUGAAAAGAUCUUAUCCAAAAAAAUAAGAAAGGAUGAAAAAGGUAAGAAGAAAGCACAUGAAAAAGUUCGGGUGGUUUCUAGUUACUUCAAUACUUCGACAGGGAAACAAGUGAUGCCAGACGAGGAAAAACAUCUAAAAAUCAAAUUUCCCAAACAAUGCAUGAAGAAAUGUCCCACAGAAGUGCGGAUUUCCCACUACUUUCACAAUGUAUCACCAAUGGAAGAAGAGAAUGCAAUUUCUGAUUCAUCGGAAAGUCGAACUGAAUGCAUAGUACUGCCCAAGAAAGCCCAAAGAGCAACAUUGGUUAAACUUGUUCUUUCUGCUGCUCAGAAUCGAGGUCAGGCUUACAAAAGAAGAACUCCAGAUAACACAUGGAAGCCUCCACGCUCUCCUUUCAGUCUCCUCCAAGAGGAUCAUGCCCAUGAUCUUUGGAGGGUCUUGGUCAUAUGUAUGCUUCUUAAUCGGACAACUGGUGUGCAGACAAGGCAAGUUAUAUCAGAGCUAUUCUGUUUGUGUCCAAAUGCGAAGACUGCUUUGGAGGUUGCCACAAAGGAGAUAGAAGUGAUACAAACUCUGGGUUUGCAAAGGAAGCGGUCAGUGAUGAUUCAUUGCUUCUCUCAAGAAUAUUUGGGAGAAUGCUGGACUCAUGUGACUCAGCUGCAUGACGUUGGCAAGUAUGCAGCUAAUGCAUAUACAAUAUUUUGCACAGGGAAGUGGGACCGUGUGAGGCCCACAGAUCGCAUGCUAAAUAAGUACUGGUCAUUUCUCUGCAGCAAUAGAGCAACUAUAUGA